CGAGGAAGAAGAGAAAAAGAAGAAGAGGCCAAAAGAAGCUAAUAUAUACACACACCAGCUAUAGUGGCCGUUGAGUGUGAGUAGUUUCGUCCACCACGAAGACAUGCUCUUGUUCUACCACCUCCUCCUCUUUGUUUCCCUCCUCAGCUCGCCCUCCACGGCGGCCGACGACGGCGCUGGCUACGCGGAGGAACACCGCGCUCUUCUCUCCCUCAAGGCUCAGCUUUCCGACCCCGGCGCCGCCCUCGGCCCCUGGGACGCCACCACCGACCACUGCUCCUGGCCUGGCGUCACGUGCGACGACGCCGGCGCCGUCGUCUCCCUCGACCUUUCCGGGCGCAAUCUCUCCGGCCUCCUCCCUCCCGCCGUCGGCCGCCUCCGCUCUCUCCUCCGCCUCUCCGCUGCUGCCAACUCCUUCUCCGGCCCCAUCCCCUCUGAACUGGCCCUCCUCCCCGCCCUCCGCCACCUCAACCUCUCCAACAACAUCUUCAAUGGCUCCUUCCCGGCUCCCCUCGCCCGCCUCGCCGACCUCCGCGUUCUCGACCUCUACAAUAACAACCUCACCGGCCCCCUGCCCAGGGAGUUGGCCGCUCUGCCGCAGCUCCGCCACAUUCACCUCGGCGGCAACUUCUUCUCCGGCUCCAUCCCCCCGGAAUACGGCAGCUGGCAGUUCCUCGAGUAUCUCGCCAUCUCCGGCAACGAGCUGGGCGGCCCCAUUCCCCCGGAGAUCGGCAACCUCUCCGCGCUCCGGGAGCUCUACAUCGGUUACUACAACAGCUACGACGGUGGUCUCCCGCCGGAGAUCGGCAACCUCUCCACGCUGCUCCGCCUCGACGCCGCCAACUGCGGCCUCUCCGGCCGCAUCCCGCCCGAGAUGGGCAACCUCCGGAACCUCGACACCCUCUUCCUCCAGGUGAACGGCCUCGGCGGCGAGAUCCCACCGGAGCUCAGCCGCCUCCGCAGCCUCAAGUCCAUGGACCUCUCCAACAAUGCCCUCACCGGCGAGAUCCCGCCGAGCUUCGCCGCGCUCAGCAACCUCACUCUCCUCAACCUCUUCCGCAACAAGCUGUUCGGUGCAAUCCCCGAGUUCGUGGGCGACCUCCCCGAGCUCGAGGUGCUCCAGGUGUGGGAGAACAACUUCACCGGGAGCAUCCCUCGCCGUCUCGGAACCAACGGCCGCCUUCAGCUCCUCGACCUUUCGUCGAACAAGCUCACCGGGUCGCUCCCCCCGGACCUCUGCUACGGCAAUAAGCUCCAAACCUUGAUCGCCCUCGGCAACUUCCUCUUCGGCCAGAUACCGGAGUCCCUCGGACGCUGCGAAUCCUUGAGCCGCAUCAGAAUGGGCGACAACUACCUCAACGGAACCAUUCCGCAAGGCCUCCUCAGCUUGCCGAAUCUGUCCCAGGUGGAGCUCCAGGACAACUACCUCACCGGCGGAUUCCCCGACACCGGUAGCUCUUCCAUUUCUCCCAAUCUUGGACAGGUUUGCCUCUCCAAUAACCGGCUCGCCGGCCCCUUGCCGCCGUCCAUCGGGAACUAUUCCGGCCUCCAGAAGCUGUUGCUGAACCAGAACUCCUUCACCGGCAAAAUUCCGCCCGAGGUCGGAAGGCUGCAGCAGCUGUCCAAGCUGGACUUGAGCAGCAACCGCUUCUCCGGCCCGAUCACCCCGGAGGUGAGCAAGUGCAAGCUGCUGACCUUCGUGGAUCUCAGCAGGAACGAGCUGUCCGGCGACGUCCCGGCGGAUGUAGCCGCCAUGCGGAUCUUGAAUUACCUCAACCUGUCGAGGAAUCAUCUGGAGGGCCCAAUCCCGGUGGCCAUCUCGACGAUGCAGAGCCUGACGGCGGUGGAUUUCUCCUACAACAACCUAUCGGGCGUCGUGCCGAGCACCGGCCAGUUUAGCUACUUCAACGCCACGUCCUUCGUCGGCAACCCGGACCUGUGCGGCCCUUAUCUCGGCCCGUGCCGGCCCGGGAUCUCCGACGACUCCCACACCGCCCGCGCCAAAGGCGCCCUCUCCGCCUCUUUCAAGCUCUUGCUCGUCAUCGGCCUUCUCAUCUGUUCCAUUGCCUUCGCCAUUGCGGCCAUCAUCAAGGCUCGGUCCUUGAAGAGGGCCAGCGAGGCCCGGGCGUGGAGGCUGACCGCGUUCCAGCGGCUGGACUUCACGUGCGACGACGUGCUGAACUGCUUGAAGGAGGAGAACAUCAUCGGGAAGGGAGGGGCCGGGGUUGUCUACAAGGGCGUGAUGCCCGACGGCGAACAGGUUGCCGUCAAGAGGCUUCCGGCGAUGAGCAGAGGAUCGUCGCACGACCACGGGUUCAACGCCGAGAUACAGACUCUGGGGAGGAUCCGCCACCGGCACAUCGUGAGGCUGCUGGGUUUCUGCUCCAACCACGAGACCAACCUGCUGGUCUACGAGUACAUGCCCAACGGCAGCCUCGGGGAGGUUCUCCAUGGCAAGAAGGGCGGGCACCUGCUCUGGGACACGAGGUACAAGAUCGCGGUGGAGGCCGCCAAGGGUCUGUGCUACCUCCACCAUGACUGCUCCCCGCUGAUCCUCCACCGGGAUGUGAAGUCCAACAACAUCCUCCUGGAUUCCAACUUCGAAGCUCAUGUCGCCGACUUCGGGCUCGCCAAGUUCUUGCAGGACACGGGCACGUCCGAGUGCAUGUCCGCCAUUGCCGGUUCUUAUGGUUACAUAGCUCCAGAGUAUGCUUACACCCUCAAAGUGGACGAAAAGAGCGAUGUUUACAGCUUCGGUGUGGUGCUGCUGGAACUCGUGACCGGGAGGAAGCCCGUCGGUGAAUUCGGUGACGGCGUCGACAUCGUACAGUGGGUGAGGAAGGUGACGGGCUCGAACAAGGAGGAGGUGACCAAAAUCUUGGACCCAAGGCUUCCGACCCUCCCCGUCCACGAGGCGAUGCAUGUGUUCUACGUCGCGAUGCUCUGCGUGGAGGAGCAGAGCGUGGAGCGGCCGACGAUGAGGGAGGUCGUUCAGAUCCUCACCGAGCUCCCUAAGCCGCCGCUGAAACAGGGAGAAGACUCGUCCAGUGGCAAUGUGUCUGCACCACCACCUCCGGCCGCCCCUGUGGAGUCACCUGCUAAGGAAAACAAGGAUGAGCAGCAGCAGCAGCAACCAGCUUCGAAUUCACCACCGUCAGAUCUCCUUAGCAUUUAGUGCAGCAAGAAGCUGGAGAGUUUUCUUGGCUUUCAGUUGCUUCAUCAUCAAAAUAGCUUUAAAAUAGGUGUUGUUGAUGUACAGCUGGUUUGGUGAGUUUACUAUGCCUUCUUCUUCUUCAUGGUGUCAACUCCUCUCUGCUACUCUGCAGCGCUGCUCGCUGUAGGCGAAGAGACUCAUCUCAUCAGUGCGAACACUGAGGGAGUCAGACCUAUGGCUUCUGUACCUGUUAGCAGAAACAGCAGGCUAUGUUCACAAGCUGACAUGGUAUUGGUAUUGGUAUUGGUAAUGAAAUCUCUGUUCCUGUUAUCUAA